AUGGUCACAUUGAAUUACGUUACCCUCAUCUACGACAUGUACAUACCUACCUCAACUAAGCCGGUUGACCUGUACGGCGGCACCCCCUGUACGCGGCAACCUCCGUACCGGUGCACCCGUCCCUGCGGCACCCCCUGUACGGGCACCCCCUGCACGUCCGGCACUGUAGCGGCACCCCUCUGUAUGCCGGCGGCACCCCUGUACCGGCACCCUGUACGGCACCCCCUGUACCGGCCAACCUCCCCUGUACCGACCGGCACCCCGCCACCCUGUACGCGGCGACCCGUCGGACUCCCUGUACGCGACCCCCCUGGUAACAAGGCACCCCCCUGUACCGGCACCCCUGUCGGCACCCCUGUUACCUGGCACCCCUGUCGGCCACCCCCUGGUCCGGCACCUUCCUGUACUCGGACCCCCUGUAUCAGGCACCCCUGUAACGGCACCCCUGUACGGCUGCGGCACCCCUGUGUACCGCAGCCUGUAGCACCUCCUGUCGCCUGUAUCGGCACCGCCCCUGUACCGGCACCCCCCUCGUACCGGGGGCACCCCUGUUAA